GGGUCACGCUGAGUCUCCCCAGGCCCUCCAUUUUAGAAUACUAAACUUUAUCAUCUAGAAGUCUGCGAUUUACUCUGUCUUAAUUUGGUGUUUGAUGGCACUGAAGUUUUGCACAAGUUUGUCGUUUAUGUUUCAAGAAUGCAGUGAUCUAAAGGACCGUUACAAAGCAGCAAAGAAUGCAGGCUUCGAUGCGGUAGAAUGCGGUAACCCAUAUGUGGAAUCGAUAAACGAGUUAGUACGUGCAAAGGAAGAUGCCGAUGUCCAACAGAUUUUGAUAAAUAGCUUUGUAGGUGAUACAAAAGGCCUGACAGCUGUCCCAAUGCAAGAGGAGGAUUUCAGACAGUCAUUAGAACUGUCAAUCAAAUAUGCUGAAGCACUCAAAUGUAAAAGAAUCCAUACCCCUUGUGGAGCUAUGAGCAAAGAAGAAGCACAGAUUCCUGAGGUGAAACAACGGUGGGAGUCCACUUAUAUUAGAAAUUUGAGAUAUGCAGCAGAGCGACUGAAGCAGGUUGGGAUAAUGCUGCUAAUAGAACCAGUCACAACUAUUCCAAACUGCUUUCUCACAAGAACAGACCAAGCCAUAGAUAUCAUCAAAAAAGUAGACCAUCACAACAUAAAACUUCUUCUUGACUUGUUCCAUGCUCAGAGGGGACAUGGGAACCUGACACAGACACUCACAGACUAUAUGCCAUACAUCGGACAUAUCCAGAUCAGCCAAGUCCCAUCUCGCCAUGAACCAGAUUCUGACGGGGAGAUCAACUACCCAUUCAUCUUUCACACUAUUGCAAAGUUAGGCUACAAAGGUUGGAUAGGAUGUGAAUACACACCUAGAGGUAAAACUGAAGAUGGGUUAAGGUGGCUUGCUCCCUACAGAGUAUAGAUAAUUUUAUUAUAUGCAGUGAAAUAGUAAAGUUCAUCAUUAAUAAGUAAGUUGUGUAUAGUGUAGCAAAUAUUUGACUGUAUAGGGUUUAAUAUUUAUUUCAAAGUGCCUUUAUUUUAUUUGUAAAGUUGUUUGUAAUAUUAUGUUUUUCCUUCUUCGCUCAGAAUGUAGACUCUUUUUAAUGUGGUAAAAUGCAGCAAAUAUUUGACUGUAUAGGAUUUAAUAUUUAUUUCAAAGUGCCUUUAUUUUAUUUGUAAAGAUAAUUAUUCUAUUUGUAAAGUUGUUUGUAAUUUUAUGUUUUUCCUUUUUUGCUCAGAAUGUACUCUUCUUUUAAUGUGGUAACCUGGACAUUCCAAUCAAAAUCCAAAAUACAUGAUGCUAUAGAGUGGAAUCCUAAUAUUUUGAAAAUAAAUUACUACAAACUAGGAAAUAGGCUCUUUUUCCAGCGCGUCUCUGUGAGCCCACAGUACGUAAAAUGCUGAGGAAAAUAUAACACAUUCCCCAUCUA